UAUCAAUUUUAAUGCAUUUGGGCUUAUUUAAGAAUUCAAAUACAAUAUAAAUGCUAAAUUAAAUAAUAUUACAGUAAAAAUAAACACAAACGGCUAAUAUCGCUUCCUUUUUUAAAUGUAUUUAGGGAAAAUCAAAGUGGGGACAACGCAGUAAAGCGAUGUGACGUGUCAUAUGCGAUGGAUGAUGUGUACAGAUUUCGGAAGACAUUUUGGCUCAAUCAGGAAGCCAGUUUCACUAUUAUAUCGCAUUUGUGAACUUUGUGCGACUUUAGUUAUUCAUACGGGCGGCUGAUUUAGUGUCCGUGUAAACGUAAGAGUAAAGCAGGAUGGUUCGGGUGGUGUUUCUGCACCCUGAUCUAGGUAUAGGUGGAGCAGAACGUCUGGUGGUGGAUGCAGCUGUAGCUCUGCGCUCUCGUGGCUGCAGUGUGCAGAUCUGGACGGCACACUAUGACCCCCAGCACUGCUUUUCUGAGACUCUUUCACCUGACCUGCCUGUGGUGUGUGCGGGUGACUGGCUGCCCACCAGUGUGUUCGGUUAUUUCCACGCUCUGUGUGCAUACCUGCGUAUGAUCUAUGUAACGCUCUAUCUUGUGCUGUUCAGUGGCGAAGAGUUUGAUGUCGUCUUCUGUGAUCAGGUUUCAGCAUGUAUACCCUUUUUGCGUUUGGCACGCCACAGGAAGAAAGUCCUGUUCUACUGUCAUUUCCCUGACCAGUUGUUGACUCAGCGUCGUUCUGCUCUAAAGCGACUGUAUCGAGCUCCUAUCGACUGGUUUGAGGAACUGACCACUGGCAUGUCAGACCGCAUUUUAGUCAACAGCCAGUUCACUGCUGGAGUCUUCCAACAGACUUUCCCCAAACUGGCCAACGUUCACACCGAUGUCCUGUAUCCGUCUCUGAACUCAGCAGCUUUUGAUGGUGAAGUAGAGGGCCUUAGUGGGCUAAUCCCAGAGGGGAGGAGCUUCCUCUUUCUGUCAAUCAAUCGUUAUGAGCGCAAGAAGAACCUGCCGUUGGCGAUGCAAGCGUUAUCAUCUCUAAAGGAACGUCUCUCUGCGGACGAGUGGGAGCGCGUACACCUCGUGAUGGCGGGCGGAUAUGAUGAACGUGUGGCUGAGAACGUAGAGCACUACGAGGAGCUGCGCUCGCUAGCAUCCUCUCUUGGCCUGGAAGACCAUGUGACCUUCCUGCGCUCCUUUUCAGACAAACAGAAAUUGUCCUUGCUGCAUAGUAGCACUUGUGUACUGUACACACCCAGCAAUGAGCAUUUCGGAAUUGUACCCAUAGAAGCCAUGUACUUGCGUUGCCCGGUUAUUGCGGUCAACUCGGGUGGACCGCUAGAGUCUGUGGCACAAGGUGAAACGGGCUUCUUGUGCGAACCCACCCCUGAGCGGUUCUCUGAGGCCAUGCAGAAGUUUGUGAAGGACCCUAAACUCAAGCAGCGUAUGGGACAGGCUGGCAGAGAGCGAGUCCAGCAGCGCUUCUCACUACAGGCCUUUACUCAACAGCUCUACAGUCAUAUCACCCAACUUACCCAAUAACACUCUGUCAUCAUAUGCUUUAUAACAUUAUGACUCUUUGCUCCAGACCAGCACACGGAUCCAUUCUAGUCUGGUUGCCAUGGAGGGCCUAAUGAAAGUAUGAAGUCUCUAAUGAAUGAAAAGAGCAGUGCGCGUGUUUGGAGAUAACUUGACUUAAGAGUGCAGCCAAGAGGACAAUACCAGCCGUGGUCCGAGCUGCUAGAGAAUGUGGAGAACUCGUCUGACUGAGAGGUUAAUGAAUUAUGGUGUGCUGGACACAUUGAUCAAGUGUGUAAUGACAGGCCUGAGGACUGUGCGCGUGUGUUUUAUACCACAGGACCAUUAGAGAGUUUCUUGAGGAGAAAUCAAUAGGGAAGUUUUCUUAGUUCUGCAGUGUCUCUUCUUUUGUUUAGUGAUAACAAUGGAGGACAUUAGGAGUUAUUUCUGUCUCAAACUAAAGAUGCUUAUAACAAGUUGGUUUGAGGACACUAAAGAGAAAGUUUGCUUAGGACACUGAAGGUCAUAUGCUGUAUUGGGUUUGAGGUUGUUACUGGAUGUGUGUUUCUCCUGCUAUUGAUAUGAGACCAAAGCUCUGAUUAAAUGAGAUGCUGCAUCGUGUAUUGUUUGUCAUUGUCUACUGAAGCUUUUAUACAUUCUGUAAAUAUAGAACAGGGGAGUGUUUAGCAUUUUUGAAAUUUUUUAACAGACUGCUGUUGUGUAAUCAUUCGCAAAUUUCCAUAUGAAUUUCAUCUGAUCAACUGUCUUGUAUUAAUGCCUUUUGAGCAGCUUGGAAUCCAAUGGCUGGUUUAAUGUAUUCAAUUUAAAGUAAUGUCUUCUCACACAUAGAGGUCACUACACUAGACCGUUAUCAAAAAGCCAUUUUUUGCAUAUGCAUGGUUUUGAUAGCAUAUCAAAGUUGAUUGUACAUCAACUAGGAGUCACUGGUGCAUCAUCCUAUACAAUGUUACCUCUCUAGAUGUCCACUCAAAUGGAAAAUUAAAAGUAAAAUGUGUUUAAAGUUGAAGAUUUGAUUUUCAUGUAAAAGAACAUGUCAGAACAAUAAAAACACAUGGGAACAAUA